GCCCAAUUCCACCCAUCCCCAUCGCGAUCGCCUCUCUCCAGCUAAGCGAUGAAGAACCCUAACCCUCCUCCCUCGCGUCCCUCCGCCGCAGGCAAGGAGCCCCCCGCAGGCAUGGCGCCGCCCCGCAAAUCUCGCUGGGGCCCACCGCCACCGGGCGUUGCCGGCGACAAGGCCGCGCCAUCCACCUCCGCCCGCCGCACCCCGACCCCGACCCCCACCCGCACAGCGGACUCCAGGCGCCAUCCGGGGGCCCCUCACGCGCCAGCACCGCACGCCCGCAACCCCGGGUCGCAGGCGGUCGCUCUCCGGCCGCAGGCUCGUCCGCAACCUCCGGCGGUGGAGACUCCUCCCCCGCAGCCGUACGGCUUCCACAACCUGGACCGCCGCGUCAUGCCCCUCGCCGACGGCACCGUCCGAACCUACUUCGCCCUGCCCCCUGACUACAGCUUCGAGCCGGUGCCCCUGCCACCCCUCCCACACCGCCUCCUCCCCCGCGCCGCCCCGGACCUCUGGCCGCCGCCGCUACAUUUGCAGAUGCCGCCGCACGAGGCUAGGCGCAAACACCCUGCCGAACAGGACGAGGGCUUCGCGAGGCACCCCAAGCAGCCGCGGCUCGACGAGCCGCAUCAACCGCCGCCGCAUGCCAAGGUGGACGGGCAUGCGCUCAGGAGGGCGUUCCUCAAAUACGCCAAGAUGCUCAACGAGAGCUCGGCGCAGAGGCGGAGCUAUCUCGAGGGCGGCCGUGUCCCGUGCCUCGCCUGUGGCAGGUCUUCUAAGGACUUUGCUGAUGUCCAUGGACUUGUCAUGCAUGCUUACAACCCACCAAAUGCAGAUUCACUUGUUGAUCAUCUUGGUUUGCACAAGGCAUUGUGUGUUCUUAUGGGAUGGGAUUAUACAAAAGUCCCUGAGAACUUUAAGGGCUACCAAUCAUUACCUUCUGACCUUGUCCAAGCAAGUAGGGAGGACCUCAUUGUCUGGCCGCCUACUGUUAUCAUUCACAAUACUUCGACUGGGAGGAAGAAAGAUGGUCGCUUGGAGGGUUUAGGGAACAAAGAAAUGGAUAAAAAAAUGACAGAACUAGGGUUUUCUGGUGGGAAGUCGAAGUCCUUGUAUGGAAAGGAAGGACAUAUGGGUUUGACACUUAUCAAGUUUGCAAACAACUCAUCUGGCUUGAAGGAGGCUGAGCGUCUUGCUGAGUAUCUUGAGAGGCAAGAUCGUGGACGUAUAGGUUGGUCACGCGCUCAUGCCAGUCGUUCUGUAGAUUCAGAUCAGAACCCUUUGUUGGUCGAGACGGAUACCAGGACAGCUGAGAAAAAGAGGAUACUUUAUGGGUACCUAGCAAUUGCAUCCGAUCUGGACGAACUAGACUCAGAUUCUAGAAAAAGGGCUUCCCUCCAGAGCAGAAGAGAAUUCGACCCAAACGAAUGAUCUCUUGUCAUAAAGCCCACCCCCAUCAGUUCAUUAAAUUUGCACUGAGGCGUGCAUACCUAUCUCUGAUCCCAAUUUAUAAAUUCAUACUGCUGCUGUGGAGAAAAGGUGUUACCUUGAAUAUAAUAUCUGCCGCUAGUUGAGUUAUAACCACUAGUUCUGGAAGCUGUAUUUGCACUAUGUGUAUUUUCUUGCACGCGUCUAUGGCUCACGAUUUGACUGGCUAUUUGGAAGAGAUCUGUCUUCCUAUUUAAGUAUCGCCCGUUGCAUGAUUCAUUGCUCUUC